UCUUGAUUUGGUAUAUAAGGACGUCGCUGGACAUAUGUCGGACAUCAGUUCUUUCAGUGGCUUCUCCAGGAUAAGAAGCCUCUCUUAUAAGGGACUAAAAACCACUUGAGAUUAUACACAGUUCACCAUGGAAAGCAAGGCGUUUCUGCUAAGCUUACUCUUAUUAGCUUCAUCUCUGGGUCAAAGUUUCCAAAAAGGAUACGGUAAUGCAGGAGGCGGUAAUGGAGGAGGCGGCGGUCAAGGUGGUUAUGGAGGAGCCGGAAAUGCAUUAGGUGAUGGAGGCUAUGGUACUGGCGGAGGAGCCGGAGGAUUUGGUGGAAAUGCUGGAGGUGCUGGAGCAGGAGGAUACGGUGGUGCCGGAGCAGGGGGAUUCGGCAGUGGUGCUGGAGGUGCCGGUGGCUAUGGUAAUGGCGCUGGAGCUGGUGGAUAUGGCCAAGGUGGAGCAGGUGGAGCUGGAGGAUAUGGUCAAGGCCAGGGUAGUGGUGCUGGUGGCUCUGGUGGAUACGGACAAGGUGGAGCUGGACAAGUUGGCGGUUUUGGUCAAGGUGGAGCUGGUGCAGGAGCUGGUGGUUAUGGACAAGGUGGAGCUGGCGCAGGAGCUGGUGGUUAUGGCCAAGGAGGAGCAGGUGGAGCAGGAGGAUAUGGUCAGGGUGGGGCAGGAGGAGAUUCUGGAGAACAGUAUCCCCCUCAACCAUACCAAUUUGACUACAACAUUCAAGAUGAACAAGGAAAUACCAAUUACCGACAAGAAGAGGGAGAUGAAAAUGGCAAUGUCAGAGGAACCUAUGGAUACACUGAUACUGAUGGUGUUUACAGAGUUGUUGAAUAUGAAGCUGACUCUAAUGGAUUCCGAGCUAAUAUUCGAACCAAUGAACCCGGUGUCGGUAAAGACAAUCCAGCUGACGUUAUCAUGACUGUUGAAGAUCCCCCCGCAGCUGUUGUCGCCAGAUUUGCACAGAACAAUGGUCAAAAAGGACAAGGAGGAGCCGGUGGUGCAGGUGGAUAUGGUGGAUCAGCAGGAGGUGCUGGAGGUUAUGGUGGGUCAGCUGGAGGAGCAGGUGGUGCUGGAGGAUAUGGUGGAUCAGCUGGAGGAGCUGGUGGUGCUGGAGGAUAUGGUGGAUCAGCUGGAGGAGCAGGUGGUGCUGGAGGAUAUGGUGGAUCAGCUGGAGGAGCUAGUGGUGCUGGAGGUUAUGGUGGAUCAGCAGGUGGAGCAGGAGGAAGUGGAGGAGCAGGUGGAUAUGGUGGUGCAGGAGGUGCAGGUAGUGGAGCCGGAGGUUAUGGAGCAGGUCAAGGUGCUAGAGGACAAGGUGCUGGACAAGGUGGUGCUGGUUAUGGUUCUGGACAGGGUGGUCAAGGAGGUCAAGGAGGAUAUGGAGCUGGUCAAGGUGGUCAAGGAGGAUUUGGAGCUGGACAAGGAAAUCAAGGAGGAUAUGGAGCUGGCCAAGGAGGUCAAGGAGGAUCUGGUGGUCAAGGUGCAGCUGGUGGGUAUGGAGGACAAGGUGGUGCAGGUGGAUUCGGAGCUGGCAAACAAGGAGGUUCAGGUGGAUAUGGAGGUCAAGGAGGUGCAGGUGGGUUUGGAGCUGGUAAACAAGGAGGUGCAGGUAAACAAGGUGGGGCAGGUGGAUACGGAAACGGUGGUCAAGGAGGUGCAGGUAAACAAGGUGGGGCAGGUGGAUACGGAAACGGUGGUCAAGGAGGUGCUGGGGGACAAGGUGGUUAUGGAAAUGGAGUAUCAGCAGGAAGAGUAGGAGGUAAUGCUGGAUCUGGUGGUUAUGGUAAUGGUGGAGCUGGAGGACAAGGUGGAUAUGGCUCUGGAGGAGCAGGUGGAAGACUUGGUGGAGCUGGAGGAUCUAAUGGUUAUGGAGCAGGCGGAAGACAAGGAGGAGCAGGUGGUGCUAAGGGAGGAUCUGGAGGCUAUGGAAAUGGAGGACAAGGUGUAGGUGGAGGUGCAGGUGGACAAGGGGGUUAUGGAUCUGGAAUUGGUGGUGGACGUGGUGGAGCUGGAGCUCAAGGAGGUUACGGUGGGUCUUCUGGAGGUCUUGGUGGUAAAAAUGGAAAAUCAGGUGGAGCAGGUUAUGGUGGCGCUAACGGAAACGGUGGUUCAUCAGGUGGUUACGGUGGUCAAGGGGGAAGAGGAGGUCAAUCUGGAGCUGGAAGUGCUGGAGGUGCAGCAGGCGGAUAUGGUGGACAAGGAGGAAGAGGAGGACAAGGGGGUGCAGGAACUUUUGGUAACGGACAAAAAGGAGGAGCCGGUGGUUAUGGAGGUCAACAAGGUGGUAGAGGAGGACAAGGUGGAGCUGGUGGGUCCCAGGGAGGUUAUGGUGGUCAACAAGGAGGUAAAGCCGGACAAGGUGGAGCUGGUGGUUUUGGGGGCCAACAAGGUGGUGCUGGAGGUUAUGGUGGUCAGCAAGGAGGAGCAGGUGGCUAUGGUGGUCAACAAGGAGGUGCUGGUGGACAACAAGGUGGAAAUGGUGGCUAUGGAGGUCAGCAAGGAGGUGCUGGUGGAUAUGGUGGCCAACAAAGUGGUUUCGGAGGUCAGCAAGGUGGAGGAGCUGCCGGUGGAUUUAGAGGUGCUGGAAACAACGGGGGAAGUUAUGGCAAUCAAAAAGGAACCAAAUAUUAAACUUCAAAUUAAUUUUUAAAAAAUGUAAAAAUAUUUAUAGAGUUUUAGCUUUUCAAGACAUACUGACGGGACAAAGUGUCAGUCCUGUACAGUUACUUGCCAAGUUCAUCCCUGUAGAGGAUUACAGAUGAAAUGAAGUUUCGUCUGUCUAAUUAUUUACUUGGGAGCUCAUUUGAAUGAACUGUCUAUUUAUAGCUUGCAUAACAAUGUGAUUGCGCCUCAUGCAGCGUAUUUUCUUUGGGUGAAAAAGUUCAUCAAUGCAGUAUAAAAUACUGCUCAUCUGUUGUGUUUUCUGUCCAUCUUGUUAAGCUGCCAAUUAACUCAUACGUUAAGUGUGAGUAAAAUGUUUCGAUUCACAUAUCAAGGUGGAUUGUAGGGAUUCUUGUUACUUUCUGUCUAAUUGUGUAAAAUAUGUUGUUACAAUAAAACCGUUGUUACUUUUA